AUGUCGACCUCUGAAGUUGCCUGCACCUAUGCCAUGAUGAUUCUUCACGAUGAUGGCAUCCCAAUCACAGGAGAGAAGAUUGCUACACUGUUGAAAUCCGCAAACGUCAAAGUAGAAUCCUAUUGGCCGGGCCCCUUUGCCAAGCUUGCUGAGAAGAAGAACCUUGAUGACCUUAUCAUGAAUGCUGUAGGUUCGGCUCCAGCUCCGGCAGCUAUGGCUGCUCCUGCUGCUGCAGAUGUUGCUGCUCCUGCAGUUGAGGAGAAGAAGAAGAAGGACGAACCGGAGGAAGAAAGUGAUGACGACAUGCCGAUAUUCGAUUUGUUUAUUUGAUUGAAUUUAAACUCGUUCGGGAGUCGGGACAAACUUAGA